AUGGACCAGACUUCCGCGCCACUGCCCUGGGGCCUAAAUGAGACCGAGAGAAAUGCAAUCCUCUUAUCAUCCAGUCAAGGGAACCGAACGGAUGCGAAGGCGCUACCCAUUAGCAUCCCCUACCUCACCGUGUUUAUCAACCUGGUGGGGUUGUUGGGCAAUGGGACCGUCCUGUGGCUCCUGGGCUUCAGCAUCAAGAGGAACCCUUUCUCGGUCUACAUCCUCAACCUGGCCGCGGCGGAUUUCAUCUUCCUCUCGUGCCAGGCGUUCUAUACGGCGGUGGACAUUUGGAAAGACUCUUACGACACGUCGUCGUCCACGGAUCACUUUUACGUCACGUGGUUUUUGUACUCCUCUUUCCCGGCGCUCCAGGGCCUGGCCCCGCUCACCUUCUCCGCCUACACCAUGGGCCUGAGCCUGCUGGCGGCCAUCAGCACCGAGCGCUGCCUCUCCGUGCUCUUCCCGGUCUGGUACCGAGGCCAGCGCCCCAAGCACACGUCCACCGUGGUGUGCGCGCUGCUCUGGAUCCAGGCCGUGCUGGUCAGCGUGCUCACGGGAGAGAGCUGCGGCUUCUUGGCCAGGCCCUACAACCAGCGGGGCUGCUACGACUUCACCGUGGUCAGCGCCGUGCUCAUUUUCUUCCUGUGCUCUCUGAUGAGCGGCUCCAGCCUGACUCUCUUCCUCAGGGUCCGCGGCAGCUUCCGGACACGGCGCUCCCCCAAGAUCUACGUGGUCAUUCUGCUCACCGUCCUCAUGUUUCUCCUCCUGGGCUUCCCCUUCAGCCUCUACUGGUUUCUUUUGGCCUGGUGGAAGGACACUUUACUCCGGGGCUGGCACUUCCCCUAUUUCAUCAUCGACAUUCUCUCCUGUGUCAACAGCAGCAUCAACCCAUUCAUCUACUUCUUUGUGGGCAGUUUCAGGCAGCAGAAACACCGCGAGUCCCUCCGAGUGGUGCUCCAGAGGGCCCUGAAGGACGACGCCGAGAGUUCUCGCACAGAGACCACGGAGAUGUCAGCUUGA